UAAGAGGGGCCCACCGCCCCGUGAGAGCGACGAGCAGGAGCAGCAGAUAUAACCGCGCGUCCCCUCCUCGUCCCUCCUCCGCCUCACUCUCUCUCCUCCCCCCGACUCCGUUCCUCCGGCCGCCGCCGCCGCCUCCGCCUCCACCGCGGGCGCCAGAGAUCUCCACAAAGUCUCCCGCAAUCCCCACCACGCCCGCCUCCAGGGGUGGGGGGUCUCCUCCGCCUCCGCGCGAGGUCGGUCGCGCGCGCUCUGUCCCGGAUCCGCCAUUCCCGGUUCCGCGCCGGGUUUCCUGCGCUCCGGCUGCGCUGUUCCUGGCUGUCCCGCCCCCGCUCUCGGCCCCGGGUCCUCCUGGCCUGCCGUUCGCGGAUCUCGACCCAGAUCCUGCCCCCCGCAUGGGGUGUCGUCGGUUCCCAGCCUAGCGGCGCCGCGCCAUUGCCCCACCCCACCAUUUCGGAGCAAUCGCUUUGCCCGGUUCCUCCGGCUAUCUGAGCUGCGAGAAAUCUCCCGAUUGGUCUUGCGUCGUGUUCCAAUCGCACUUGCUGCUACUCCCCGGAUCGCAAGAUCCAGUUCGCCGGGCCUUUUGCUGGUGCCCAAUUUGAGGCAGACUGUCCCCAUCAAUCAAUCGCUCUCAAUCCCCCCUCGCUUUUUCCCUCGGAGAAAAAUCUGAUCCCUGCCUCCUCCCCCCCCCCACCACCACCAAACCACGCACCCAAGAUCCGCCGCUGCAUUGGCCGCGGCCUGCCCGCAUUCUGCCAAUCCUGAUCCGAGAGGCCGCAGGCGCCGGAGAUGACGUCGCCGUACGCCUCGCCGUUCCUGCUCUCCCUGCUCCUGCUCCUCUCCAUCCCGGUCGUCUUCCUCCUCGCGCCGCGCCUGCUCCCGCCCAAGACGCUCCCGGCCAUCCCGGACGCCGACGAGUCCGACGACCUCGCCCUUUUCCGCCGGGCCAUACUCUCCUCCUCGUCGGCCACUCCCACGCCACCCACCUCCGCGGCCUCCUACUUUUUCCGCCGCCGCCCCGCGCCCAAGAUCGCCUUCCUCUUCCUCACCAACUCGGACCUCGUCUUCUCCCCGCUCUGGGAGAAGUUCUUACGCGGCCACACCCACCAAUUCAACCUCUACGUCCACGCCGACCCCUACUCCGUCCUCGAGCUGCCUCCCACGCCAUCCUUCCGCGGCCGCUUCGUCCCCGCCAAGGCCACGCAGCGCGCUUCCCCUACCCUCAUCUCCGCCGCGCGCCGCCUCCUCGCCACCGCGCUUCUUGACGACCCCAACAACCAGUUCUUCGCGCUCCUGUCGCAGUCCUGUAUCCCGCUCCACCCCUUCCCCACCCUCUACAACGCACUCCUCUCUGACAAUGCUGGCCCUCAUAGCCGCCACCGCAGCUUCAUAGAGAUAAUGGACAACAUGGACAACGACACCAAGCUGCUACAUGACAGGUACUAUGCCCGGGGUGACGAUGUCAUGCUCCCGGAGGUUCCAUAUGAUCAGUUCCGUGCUGGGUCGCAGUUCUUUGUGCUCACGAGAAGGCAUGCCAUCAUGGUCGUGAGGGAUAUGCGGCUUUGGAAGAAGUUCAAGUUGCCCUGUCUGAUUGAGCGCAGGGAUUCAUGCUACCCGGAAGAGCAUUACUUCCCCACACUGCUGGAUAUGCAGGAUCCUGAGGGUUGUACUAAGUAUACCCUAACAAGGGUAAACUGGACGGAUUCAGUUGCAGGACACCCACACAUGUAUGGGCCUGGAGAAGUAUCCGCGAGCUUGAUCAGGGAGCUAAGGAAGUCGAACAUGACACACUCUUACAUGUUCGCCCGCAAGUUUUCUCCAGAGUGCCUUGAGCCUUUGAUGGAGAUUGCAGACAAAGUCAUCCUACGUGACUAGUCUGAAGCAACCACCAUUUGACGGUCGGAGUUUGUACACUGAAAUGAAUGAGGCAUCGAAGGAAUGUUAGACUGUAAUGCUACUUUCACUUCCACUGUGAUCAGAUGGACAAACGAGUAGUUUCAUCUCUGCCUUCUAGAACCUCCUCGAGGAACAACAUAUCCUCUUCUCGCCACCCUUCUUUUUUUGAAGUUCUUCUCUCUUUCUUUCCUGGGAAGAGGGUGCUGCUGCUGGGAGAGUAUGAUAUGACUACGGAUUGUCGUUUUGGCUAUUGUCAAUGGACUACUCCUACAUCGGGAAAGCAUGUAAAAUUUCUGUCACAGAUUGGACACAGAUGUGUAGUGCCUAUAUGCCCUGUCGGAAACAAGGGGCUAUUCUCGGUGGACAUCUCGUAGCAUUAGCACUAGCACCUUGCAAUUUUUGCUUACAAAACUGUGAGGAAAUAUGUGAUGUAUGAAUGAAGAGCACAGGGGAGGAAGGCGGCGUGUCAGAAACACCAAGCUAUUCUCCAGGCUGGGUGGGUUUCCUCUUUGCUCUCGAUUCAGUCUCCACUUUCAGGGUUCUCUUUUUUGUCUAAAAAAAACUGAUAUUUCUUUUUCUUGAGAAUGGUUGAUGUUAUCAGCUAGCCUGGUUGACAGUAAUAUUCUCAGGAAAUUACCAAACUAUAACAGGACAUUUGCUGCUGGAAAUCAUUUUGUUUUUAUGCUGCAAUCAGCAAUUUUCAGCAAGAAUAAGAUGCUUUGCACAACUUUGAUCAA